AUUUGGUUGACUUUGACUUCCACUGAUUGCAUCUACCAACCAUUCUUUAUUAACCAAAUUGAUUGAUUCUCAUGAUUACAACAAGAUUAUGGCUUCUAAAUCAACUGAAAUUUUGGAAUCAGAUCUCACAAGAAAGGAUCACGAGGAUAAACGCGAAUGCAAGUCCGAAUUGGAUAAUGGUGGCAGUUUUAAAGGCGAUGAUGAGUAUCCUAGUGGCGAAUUUGAGUUUAAAAAACCAGGUGUGUGGAAGAGCUCCGUGGUGAAGCUACGGAUGAUGGUUGCUUAUCCAUGGCAACGUGUUCGUAAGGGCAGUGUUUUGAAUAUCAAAUUGCGUGGCAAGAUAUCUGAUCAGGUGAAGCGUGGUUUCUCUUCAGGGUUAUCCCUACCUCAAAUCUGUGAAAACUUAAUAAAGGCAGCAUAUGAUCCUCGUAUAUCUGGGGUUUAUCUUCACAUCGAAACCCUGAAAUGUGGAUGGGGUAAAAUUGAAGAAAUUCGAAGGCACAUAUUGGACUAUAGGAAGUCAGGGAAGUUUAUCAUUGGUUAUGCACCUGCAUGGAGUGAAAAGGAGUAUUACCUUGGCUGUGCAUGUGAAGAGCUGUAUGCCCCUCCAAGUGCUUACUUUUCAUUGUAUGGUUUAAAUCAGCGAGCACAAUUUUUUGGAGGUGUACUUGAGAAAGUAGGUGUGGAACCACAAGUGCACAGGAUUGGUAAAUAUAAGAGUGCUGCUGAUCGACUAAUUCGCAAGGAUAUGUCCGAAGAAAAUCGUGAGGUGCUUACUACAUUGCUAGAUCACAUCUAUGAGAAUUGGGUUGAUAAGAUUUCUCAAGCCAAAGGAAUGAAAAAGGAAGAAAUCGAGCAUUUUAUUAAUGAAGGAGUUUACCAAGUAGAGAAGUUGAAAGAAGAUGGAUGGAUUACAGAUAUAAAAUAUGACGAUGAGGUUACAUCUAUGUUGAAAACAAAACUGGGCAUUGCAAAGGAGAAAAAACUUCCGUCUGUUGCUUACAAGAAAUACUCCAAAGUUAAGAAAUGGACAUUGGGGUUAUCAGGUGGCAAAGAUAAAAUAGCUGUAAUUAGAGCCUCUGGUAGCAUCAGUCGUGUAGGAGGGUCAUUUUUUUCACCUAGUUCAGGCAUCGUCGCUGAGCAAUUCAUUGAGAAGAUUCGCAAAGUAAGAGAGUCGAAAAGGUAUAAGGCUGUUAUCAUCCGAAUUGAUAGCCCUGGAGGUGAUGUUCUUGCUUCUGACUUGAUGUGGAGGGAAAUCAGUCUAUUGGCUGAAUCUAAGCCUGUAAUUGCGUCAAUGGUUGAUACUGCAGCUAGUGGAGGAUACUACAUGGCAAUGGCAGCACAGACUAUACUCUCAGAGAAUCUUACUUUGACCGGUUCAAUUGGUGUUUUCAGAACUAAGUUCAACUUGGGGAAACUAUAUGAAAGGAUUGGUUUCAACAACGAAAUCAUAUCAAAGGGACAAUUUGCUGAGCUGAUGGCUGCUGACCGGCCUUUCAGACCAGAUGAAGAGAAACUCUAUGCAGAAUCUACCCAGCAUAUGUAUAAACAAUUUCGUGACAAGGCAGCCAAUGCAAGAUCAAUGAGCGUGGAUAAGAUGGAGGAGAUCGCUCAAGGGAGAGUGUGGACUGGUAAUGAUGCUGCUUCACGGGGUUUAGUUGAUGCAAUUGGAGGGUUCUCACGAGCAGUUGCUAUAGCAAAGCAGAAGGCCAACAUACCUCAGGACAAACAGGUUACUUUGGUUGAGCUCUCACGACCAUCACUGUCUUUAACAAGAAUCCUGUUCGGGAUAGGGAACUCAUCAUUAAGCCAACUGGUGGAUGGCUUAACAUCGAGCAAUGAAGUGCAAGCCCGUAUGGACGGGAUCAUGUUUCAGCAAUCAGAAGGAUCUUCGUUUGCAGACCCCAUUUUCGCUUUGCUAAAAGACUACCUAAAUUCUCCUUGAUCUCAGGAGCUUAUACAUUUUGAUAAGCACCGUUCCGGCACAAAGCAAGCAUCAACACACCCCGUUUCGAUAUUUAUUUUAGUCCACGUUGCGUUUGUCGUUUGAAACCCAUAAUCAUAAGAAUUUUGAAAACCGUAAGAACCGACCAUUCAUAAAUCAUUUAUGACUGUUGUUGUUAAAGACGGUGAAGGUCAUAAUAGUCAA